ACGCAACUCCAACCCCCCCUCCGAUGGACUCCGACGACGAGCCCUGGGGAGGGAGCGACGACGACCCCGUCGCCGUCGGGGACUACUACUACGACUGCAGCGACGGGGGCGGCGGCGGGGGCGGCGAGGAGGACGAGGGAUCCGACUGCGCCGGCGACGACUACGAGGUCCGCGAGGAGGUCGCCUCGAUGCGCGAGAAGAGAUACAUUGUGUUAUCUGAAAAUGACAUACAUGAGCGGCAAGAGGAAGCCAUAAGACGGGUAUCUUCAAUAUUUUCAAUUCCAAGAGAAUCAGCAUGCAUCCUCCUUCGACAUUACAAAUGGAAUAUUAGCAAGUUGAGUGACGAGUGGUUCGCAGAUGAAGAACGUGUCCGUCAUUUUGUUGGCUUGCCUACAAAUGGGGCUGUUCUUCCUGACUGCCAGGAGCUAACUUGUGGAAUAUGUUUUGAAGGAUAUUCCACAAGUGCACUGAGCUCUGCUGGUUGUGUUCACCUCUACUGCCAUGAGUGUUGGGAAGGGUAUAUUAGUGCUUCAAUAAAUGAUGGUCCAGGAUGUUUGUCACUGCGGUGCCCUGAGCCAUCUUGUACUGCCAUGGUUCGUGAAGAAACCAUUAAUAGAUUGGCUAAAGAUGAGGAGAAAGUGAAGUACAAACAAUUUUUAUCAUGCUCAUAUGUUGAAGACAACAAGAAGAUAAAGUGGUGUCCAGCUCCUGAUUGUACCCGUGCAGUGGAGUUUCUUGGUGAUGAGAACUAUGAUGUCUCAUGCAUGUGCAAAUUCAGCUUCUGCUGGAACUGUACAGAGGAAACUCAUCGACCAGUUAGCUGUGAGACUGUCUCAAAGUGGAUAUUAAAGAACAGUGCAGAAUCCGAGAAUGUGAAUUGGAUAAUAGCUAAUUCAAAGCCCUGUCCUAAAUGCAAACGACCAAUAGAGAAGAAUCAUGGUUGCAUGCAUAUGACGUGCCGUCCUCCUUGCAAAUUUCAGUUUUGCUGGUUAUGUCUAGGUGACUGGUCAGAACACGGAAGUAGGACCACUGGUGGCAAUUAUGCUUGCAAUCGCUAUGAAGCAGACAAGAAGAAAGGCAUAUAUGAUGAAGCUGAAGCACAGAGAGAACGGGCUAAAAACUCACUUGUGAGAUACACGCAUUAUUUUGAGCGCUGGGCAUCCAAUCAGAAGUCGAGGCAGAAGGCACAAGGAGAUCUGCAAAAGUUCGAAAGUGAACUUGCGAAGCUCAGUGACAUUCUUGGAAUACCAGAGUCUCAACUAAAGUUCAUACCUGAAGCUUGGUCACAGAUUGUAGAAUGCAGACAAGUGCUGCAAUGGACAUAUGCUUAUGGGUAUUAUCUCGAUGAUAAAGCCAAGAAUGAUUUUUUUGUGUACCUCCAAGGUGAAGCUGAGUCUGGUUUGGAGCGCCUCCAUAAAUGUGCGGAGAAGGACAUACAUGCAAUUUUACCUAAAGCUGGUGAAACUGAACCUCUUCCUUCAUUACAAGACUUCAAUGAAUUUCGUGUGAAACUUGCUGGUCUAACAAGCGUAACCCGCAACUACUUUGAGAACCUUGUUCAAGCACUGGAAGCAGGGCUGGAGGACAAAAUGAUCGAGUUCAUGGAGGAGCACGGCGGCCUGACGCCGAUGGAGGAGUGGAAGGAGGAGCUGCUCCUGUCGAGCGUGGCGAGCAUGUGCGACGACCUGGAGACCUUCCGCGACCGCGCCGACGACGGCGAGAGCGUCCGGAAGGGCCUGCAGGGAUGGCGCGGCGGCUUAGCUGCUCAGGCUCAACACGAAGCCAUGGAUGCUGCUGCUGAAGCUGAAGCUGAUGGGUUGGCCAUGGAUGAUUAAUAAGCUCCCGUUUAACUGAAUUGAACUGCACAAGAGGUUCUGUGGGAGAUUCAGUUUAAUUCCCUUCGUUU